AUGUUCACUGAACAAGCUCAUGAAGGCGGUGAAAUGGUGAGCUUGCGGGCGGGCGGCAAAGAAACUAGAGGUAGACCGUCGCGUCGCGCGGCCUCGCGACGAACAUCCUACAUCGAAGACGUCUCCGAAGAAGAGGAUCCCGGCAAUGUCACACCCACACCCUCUCACUCCAACGUAGACGACGAUGAGGAGAACGAAUACACACCCGUGGCACAGAAACCGAUCCCUAGGCGAGGCGGCCGACGGAGAGCAUCAGAAGCACCCUCACAGCCUCCCAAACGCUCGACGCGUGGUGGCCGGAGACCGAAAACUGUCGAACCCACCCCGCAGCCGGAAGAACAUGAAGAACAUGAAGAGCCGUCCAUUGUCACAGACACCGUGGAGCAUGCUAGCGAGGAGGAGGACGAGGAGGCGACGAUCAUCGCAGCUCAGGAUGAGCCUGAAUCGCCUUCUGAGAAGGUUCACGCAGCGCAGAAGAGGAAGAGGGCUGCAAGUUCCCGUAAGAGCCGUGAUUCAGCUACGCCAGCCGCAGAACUGUCCUCACUUCCUACUCCUUCUCCUUCAGCUUCGCCCGAAGCCUCCUCGCGAUCCCAUCGAGAGUUCAGCAGCCCGCUCUCCGAUAUCACGCAAUCUGCUGUCAACAAAUCCCCUGCCCCAACGAAAAGCGAUGCCGAAGAACAAAAGUCCCAUAUCUCGAUCAUCAAUUCGCAGUCGACUACCCUCGAAAAGCCGAUGGAUAUUGUUUUGAAGUCACGGUCCUUGGGUAUCCCUGUAGCCGAAGAGACCAAGACUCCGCGCGCACGUAUGGUAAUCACUCACCUUGUGCUCACUAACUUCAAAAGCUACGCCGGCAAACAAAUCGUCGGACCCUUCCAUGUAUCAUUUUCAUCUGUCGUCGGUCCCAAUGGUUCCGGAAAGUCUAACGUUAUCGACUCUCUCCUCUUCGUGUUCGGAUUUCGCGCCAGUAAGAUGCGUCAAGGAAAGAUCUCCGCCCUGAUUCACAACUCCGCCAGAUUUCCCGAUUUGACCUUCUGUGAAGUGGAAGUUCACUUUCAGGAAAUCAUGGAUCUCCCUGGUGGCGCUCACAAAGUCGUUCCCGAGUCUCAAUUGGUGGUUUCCCGGAGAGCGUUCAAGAACAAUUCAAGCAAGUACUACAUGAAUAAGAAGGAAACGAACUUCACUACAGUCACCACAUUCCUCAAAGAUCGCGGGAUCGAUCUUGAUCAUAAGCGUUUUCUUAUCUUGCAGGGCGAGGUUGAGUCGAUUGCGCAGAUGAAACCCAAGGCUGGCAAUGAGCAUGAAGACGGUCUUUUGGAAUAUCUCGAGGAUAUCAUCGGCACUUCGAAAUACAAGACCCCUAUCGAAGAAGCAGCGGCAGAAGUUGAAACGCUCAAUGAUGUUUGUGUCGAGAAAAACAAUCGAGUUCAGCAUGUCGAAAACGAAAAAACUGCACUCGAGGAUAAGAAGGACAAGGCUCUGGCUUACAUUCGAGACGAGAAUGAUCUUACCAUGAAGCAAUCUGCUCUGUAUCAGGUCUACAUUGCGGAGUGUGAGAACAACAACAAGGUCACCGAGGAAGCCAUCAUGCAAAUGCAGGAGCUGCUCAAUAUGGAAUUGGAAAAGCAUGAAGGCAACGAGUCUGGAAUCAAGGAGAUCGAAAAGAAGUACAAGCGUGUGACCAAAGAAUAUGAAAGCAUGGAAAAAACCACUCAAGCAAUGAUCAAGGAAAUGGCGAAAUAUGAUAAGGAGGCUGUCAAGUUCGAAGAGAAGCGAAAGUUUUUGACGGGCAAGCAAAAGAAGCUUGACAAGACUUUGCAGACUAGCCGGUUGGCGUCAUCAGAGUCUGCGAGUCUAGUUGAGAAGCAUGCUUCGGACAUUGAGAAGAAAUCGGCGGAAAUCGUCCAGCUUGAAGAUGAGAUGAAGUCGGAGGAGGAAGAACUCGCCUCAAUCAGAGAAAGUCUGAAAGGCAAAACACAAGGUCUCUCGGAUCAGAUUGCAGCGAAGCAAAAAUCUCUCGAGCCAUGGAACGCCAAGGUCAAUGAAAAACUUUCUUCCAUCGCUGUCGCUCAAAGUGAACUAGAUAUACUCCAUGAACGGGGUAAUGCAGGUGCGAAGGCACUUGAGGAAGCUCAAGUUCGGGUUUCUACGAUCGAGGAAAGCUUAGCCGAGAAAGAGACGGAACUUGAGGCAAAGCAUCAAGAGAAGACUCAGCUCGAAGCUGAAGUCGAAUCCUUGAAGAAAGACCUCAACAAACUAUCUCAAAAGGAACCCGAGCUUCGCUCCUAUGUCUCUCACGCACGGCAAAAGGCGGAAGAGGCUCGAGCAAGCCUUGCUAGCACGCAAAACAAGGGCAGUGUUUUGUCUGGUCUGAUGCGACUCAAGGAAUCUGGCCGUAUUGAAGGCUUUCAUGGUAGAUUAGGCAACCUGGGAACGAUUGAAGAGAAGUAUGAUGUCGCCAUUUCGACCGCCUGCCCGCAGCUCGAGAACAUGGUAGUCGAUACCGUGGAAUCAGGCCAACAAUGCAUCGAUUAUCUACGGAAAAACAAUCUGGGUAGAGCGAACUUCAUUCUUCUCGAUCGCUUACCCAAGCGGGACAUGUCUACGAUCUUCACGCCUGAAAGUGUGCCACGAUUAUUCGAUUUGGUGAAACCAAAGGAUGCGAAGUUUGCUCCAGCGUUCUACAGCGUCCUGCAGAACACAUUGGUCGCCAAAGAUCUUGAACAGGCCAAUCGCAUUGCUUAUGGCGCUAAGCGAUGGAGAGUCGUCACUCUCGACGGGCAACUCAUUGACUUGUCUGGUACUAUGAGCGGAGGAGGAACGCGUGUCGCUAGAGGCGGUAUGUCAUCGAAACAAGUUGCCGAGACUUCGAAGGAUCAGGUUUCCAAAUUGGAAUUCGACCGCGAUGAGAUGGAGAAGAAGCUUCAACUAUUCCAGGACAAACAACGUCAGUUGGAGACAUCGCUUCGUCACAAAUCCGAUGAGAUCCCCAGAUUGGACACCAAGAUACAGAAGCUUGGCAUCGAGAUAGAGAGUGGCAAGCGAAGUCUUUUAGAUGCCCAGCGUCGUAUCAAAGAGCUCAGUGUUGAACAUAAACCGUCCAAGACGGACGAAAACCGAGCGAAGGCCUUGAAUCAGCAAAUCGAGGUCCUUCAGGGAGAAGUUGAGAAUUUGCGACAAGACAUGGCCGGCAUCGAGGAAGAGAUCCAAUCUCUUCAAGCCAAGAUCAUGGAAGUCGGCGGCGUCCGUUUAAGAAGUCAGAAAGCGAAGGUGGAUGGCUUGAAGGCCCAGAUCAAUCUUCUGUCUGAGGAAAUAUCAAACGCCGAAGUCGCGAAAUCGAAGAAUGAGAAGCUCAUCAAGAAGCACGAAAAGACACGUUUGGAAGCUGAAAAGGAUGGUGAACACUUGAGUGCUGAGAUUGAACGAUUGGAGGAAGAUGUCAAGAAUCAAGCAAACGAUGCUUCGGAUUCAAGACAGCAGGCGGAAGAUGCUCAAGAGGCACUUGAAACGAAACGUGGAGAGAUCAAAGCCCUCAAGCAGGAGCUGGACGAGAAGACGGCUGAACUGAACGAAACACGGGCCCAGGAGAUCGAAAUGCGAAACAAAUUAGAAGAAAACCAGAAAGUCCUUACCGAGAAUCAGAAACGCAGUCGAUAUUGGGAGGAAAAGCUUUCGAAGUUGUCAAUACAGAAUGUCAGCGACCUUGGUGAUACUCAGGAAACAGCGGAACUGCAGACAUUCACUGCUGAUGAGCUGGCCGACAUGAACAAAGAGUCGCUCAAGGCAGUUAUUGCAGCGUUGGAGGAGAAGACACAGAAUGCAUCCGUUGAUCUAUCAGUUAUUGAUGAGUACCGCCGCCGUGUUGCUGAACACGAAACGCGUUCUGCAGACUUGAAUGAGUCACUAACAGCCCGUGAUGCUGCAAAGGCCCGCUUGGAUGGCCUUCGUUCUGCUCGUCUGACUGGUUUCAUGGAAGGUUUCAGCACGAUUUCACUACGACUCAAGGAGAUGUACCAGAUGAUCACGAUGGGUGGCAAUGCUGAAUUGGAGCUUGUUGACUCUUUGGAUCCUUUCUCGGAAGGAAUCCUUUUCUCUGUCAUGCCGCCAAAAAAGAGUUGGAAGAACAUUAGCAACUUAUCCGGAGGGGAGAAGACACUAUCCAGUCUCGCCUUGGUGUUUGCUUUGCAUCAUUAUAAGCCAACACCGUUGUAUGUCAUGGACGAGAUUGACGCCGCCUUGGAUUUCCGAAAUGUUUCUAUUGUUGCUUCAUACAUCAAGGAACGUACUAAGAACGCCCAAUUUAUCGUCAUUUCUCUUCGGAACAAUAUGUUUGAACUUGCCUCGCGCCUUGUUGGCGUAUACAAAGUCAACCACAUGACUAAGAGUGUCACUGUCGAAAAUCGUGACUACAUAUCUGGUCGAUCUACUUCGAUGACAGCGGCGCCGACACAGUCGUGA